AUGCAACACCAACGCGCAAAAGACGUCGUCGUCCAGGUCAUCCCUCAACAUCGACAACGAGGACGAGCCGAUGAUCAGGAGCUUUUGAUUGCUAAUACUUCCGGAGAGAGUGACAAGAUCUCCGGUAAAACAUGGUUGCGACUCAUUCUACUUCUUGUGAUCGCUCUCAUUCUUCUCGCGCUCAAAGUGAUGAGGUUCGCGAAUCUCUAUGAGGCCGACCGGUUAAAGCACGCUUCCACCGAGACUCCACUGAACUCUGCUGAGCCCCAAGACCAAGUCUUCAAUUUUGACCUCCCAACCAACGAGGACUACGAGAAAUUGGCAGCAACAAUUGAUGUGAACAAAAUUUUGUCCUCGCACCAAGAGUAA